AUGAGCUUUGGUGAUCCAAACUCUCUACCAUGGGCAAUCGGCGAAGAACAAGCGCUCCCGCUUCUCAAAGCUGCUAACGGAGCUUCGGAGGUGAUUGUGGGUAAAGCCCUCAAACAAUAUGGUAUUCCUCGAGAGAGGGUUGUGAUCAUGACAAAGUGUUUCUGGGGUGUUGGUGAAGAGCCAGAAAACAUCCACUGGAGCAAUCGCGAACCAUUUGAAAAAUCCAAGGAUUAUCAAAACCAGUUCGGACUGUCUCGUACUGCAAUCUUUAACCAGGUUGAGGCGUCUCUCAAGCGACUUGAUACAAGCUACAUCGACUUGCUGCAGAUUCACCGCUUUGACUCGACAACUCCAGUUGAAGAAACAAUGAAGGCCCUACAUGACCUUGUCCAGUCAGGAAGAGUCCGUUAUAUUGGUGCAAGCAGCAUGUGGGCAACACAGUUUGCGCGCCUGCAGUUUGCUGCUGAACUUAAUGGCUGGACAAAGUUUAUUAGCAUGCAGAACCAAUACAACCUACUAUAUCGCGAAGAGGAGCGGGAGAUGAUUCGGUUCUGCAAUGAUACUGGUGUUGGUCUCAUACCGUGGGCUCCGCUUGCUCAAGGCGACUUGGCUAGACCACUAUCUGACCUUGGAACUACGCUUCGAAGCAAAUUACUGGCCAAGAAUGCCUCGGAACCUCGUUUGUCGGAAGUUGAUCUGGUCAUCGUAAAACGAGUCGAGGAAAUUGCGGAAAAGCAUGGUUGGUCGAUCGCUCACGUUGCGCUAGCAUGGAUUAACAAGCGCGUCACGAGCCCAAUCAUCGGAUUCAGCAGCAUCGAAAGGUUGGAACAGGCUAUUGCGGUGCGAGGAAAGGCAUUGUCUACCGAGGAAGAACAGUAUGUCGAGGAACCUUACCAGCCAAAAGCUGUAAGAGUGGCUGAAUCGCUGUGA